UCCUCCUCUUUCUCCUGUCAAAUGACCCGCUGCAGGUCGUCUCUAUGGGGGUCUCCUGCUCCUACGUGUUUAUAUGGGUUGGUUUCAGUAACUAAUGUUAACAUUUAACUAAUAACGUUAAGUUAGACAUAAUAUGACCGUAACUAAGCUACGGAACAAAGCGGGACUGGUUGCUAACGACAGCUCACGGUCAACUGACAGGCGGCGGCUCAUCUGCUUCAAGGUGGUGCUACUUUCUGUUCCUGACUCUCUCAAGUCAGAAAAGACAAGACAACAAUGCUGCAGCUCGGAGAUGAAGUCGUCCUGUACUCGGUGGUCUUCGUAGCGGUGCUGUUAGGGACCCGGAGCCCACUGUGGACCACCGCCCUCACCGCCUCCCUCUACCUCUUUAUGGUCAUGUUCCGGUUCCCCCAGGUACCCACCAGCCGGGCCAGGCAGGUGCUGCACCCGGAGAAGGGCGCCGCAGGCUCCGGUAAGGUGUCAGUGGUCGCUCACCGGGGCGGUGGGCACGACGCUCCGGAGAACACACUGGCAGCUAUCCGAGAGGCCAGUAAGAAUGGGGCAACAGGUGUAGAGUUGGACCUGGAGUUCUCAGCCGACGGCGUCCCAGUACUGAUGCACGAUGAGACUGUGGACCGGACCACCAACGCGUCGGGACCACUCAGUCAGUUCAGGAUGUCCGAGUUGGCCAAACUGGACGCAGCUGCUAAACAUCGACUCAGGGACAAGUUUGCUGGAGAGAAGAUCCCAACUCUGGAGGAGGCAGUGGAGGAGUGCAUAAAACUGCAGCUCACCAUCUACUUUGAUGUCAAAGGUCAUCCAGAUGAGGCAGCCGCAGCCCUUAAAGAAUUGUAUAAAAGACAUCCAGUCCUCUACAACAGCAGCAUCGUCUGCUCCUUCGAGCCCAAAGUCAUCUACAGGAUGAGACAGAGUGACCCAGAUGUGGUCACAGCUUUGACCCACAGGCCGUGGAGCCUGAGUCGGCUCGGAGAUGGUGAACCGCGUUUCUCAUCGCUAUGGAAACACAACUGGUUAACGCUAAUGGACUUCAUGUUGGACUGGGCGCACCAUCACGUACUAUGGAAGCUCUGUGGCAUCUCAGCCUUCCUUAUACAGAAGAACUUUGUCUCACCGGACUAUGUCCAGUACUGGACCCAGAGGGGGGUGGACGUGGUGGCCUGGACUGUCAACACAAACGUGGAGAAAGAGUAUUACCAGGAGCUGCUGCACGUCAACUACAUCACAGACAGCCUUGUGGAAGACUGUGAACCCCAUUACUGAACAACACAGUGUGUUCACACACAUACGCAUUAAAAUGAUGAAAUCCGUUUGAAAGGAACAUUUCACUGUCUACUCAUCACGCAUAAUGUGGCUUCAGAUAAGAGCCACUCUUUUAUUACCAUGCACACUUUCAUUACUGUGAGUGUGUGUUUAUUUGAGCCAAUCAAACUGACCAGACUGGGUGCCAAAUUUAAUAACAGGAGCCCAAGUAACACACACAUUGAGGCACCUGCUGUGUAUUUAUAGACUUUCUGGUCAUAAAUGUUUAUAACAGAUCAGACGUACUGUAUUCACUAACUCAGGACUGCAAAAUUGUUUUUUUCUUGUUAAUUGUAUCUUACUGUCUAUAAUGUCCUGCACUGUCUCUGCUUUGUUUGUGGUUUUUCAGGACGCCCCCUUUGCUUUUUACUCAGUGUAGGCCAUAAAUCUGAAGUAAUCUAGAAAUGAUUUUUACCAAUUAUUAAAAAGUAAUACUUAUUUAUAACUAACAUAUAUAAACAUUUUAUAUCUUUGAUGUACAUAUGCAACAUAAAUGUAGAACAGAGCAAUAGGGCUGGCAUACAAAUGCACCAUAAUAUAUCAUUAUUAUACAUUUAAAAAAGAAAUAAUCUAUAGGACACAUCAUUUGGUUAAUGGUAGUGGACGUCUGGCCCCCGGCUGUGUCUAUAGAGUGGAUACCAGUGACUCCAUUUUCUUCUAUCAACUCAUGUAAUCACAAGCUUAUCUGCUUCUGUUUAGCUACAAGAUGAGGAAUUAGAAUUACCUGACAACAAUUCAGUAACACAGUACUGUAUAUGGGAAGACACAGUAGGACAGUGCAGAGGCAGUGAAGUGGAUACAAAUAACAAAUAACAAAUAUGUAAAUAAACGUGAAAUUUUACGAGGCUUUAAAAUCUGUAGAUCUGAAUUGAGUCCUUGGAGAUGGAAGCUGACAGUAUAACAUAUUGACUAAUGGUACUUAAGGCCAUCUCACAGUGCAAACACAUGACGGACAGAAAACAGACCCUUCUCACUGCAGAUGUAUGUAAUAGCAGGAGAAGCACAGGUUGUAACUAAUAACAUUAACAAUGUCUCUGUUGCAUUUAGGUGUAAUUAAACUUUGCCAGUGAGCCAGCACCUGCAAUAUCAGGGCCCUCGAACUGGAAAACCUAAAUGGAAAAUGGAAUCUGUGUUAAAUUCACUAUUACAAAGGUUUUAGGACUCAGCAUUUCUCUAACAUACAUAAAUAUAGAAGCUGACUACUUCUGUUUAUUUGCUCUUUGAUCUGUUUAAUUCAAUCUAAGGUGAUUUGACAAUUUUAAAAUCAUUAAACAUGAUGAUUAAUGAUUUACACUUAUUCCACUGUUGGUCUUAAAAUCGGAAGAAAUAAAUCGUGUCGAUUUGAUUUUCUAUGA